CUAAGGAAGGGGGUGGGGCAGGGAGAAGAGGCAGGCACUGUAUAAAAGAAGCUGCCUUGAGAAUUCUAAAAUUCAUACAAAAACUUCUUAGGUAAGAAAAUUUACCAGAUUUGGCACCUGCUGGACCCAGUGAUGGACCCAGAAGCAACCACGGUUUACUUGGAAUACUUCUAUGUUACCAGCCAAAAUCCUGAUAUUGACGAGACCCACUCCCAUGUUCCUUAUACAUCAGUCUUCCUUCCAGUCUUUUACACAGUGGUGUUCCUGACUGGAGCGUUGGGGAACGUCAUCCUCAUGAGUGCAUUGCAUUUCAAAAGGGGCAGCCGAAGACUGAUUGACAUUUUUAUCAUCAACCUGGCUGCCUCUGACUUCAUCUUCAUCAUCACGUUGCCUCUCUGGGUGGAUAAAGAAGCAUCUCUAGGACUGUGGAGGACAGGCUCUUUCCUGUGCAAAGGCAGCUCCUACAUGAUCUCAGUCAACAUGCACUGCAAUGUCUUCUUGCUCACCUGCAUGAGUGUUGACCGCUACCUGGCCAUCAUGUGUCCAGCCGUAUCCAGGAAAAUCAGAAAUAGAGACUGCGCGUAUGGAGUCUGUGCCAGUGUCUGGUUUAUCUCCUGCCUCCUGGGGUUGCCUACUCUUCUGUCCCGGGAGCUCACCCUGAUUGAUGGUAAGCCAUACUGUGCAGAGAAGAGGGCCACUCCAGUUAAACUGGCUUGGGGCCUGGUGGCCUUAAUUUUUACAUUUUUUGCCCCUUUGGUGAGCAUUGUGACCUGCUACUGUUGUAUCACAAGGAAGCUGUGUGUCCGUUACCAGCAGUCGGGAAAGCACAACAGAAAGCUGAGGAAAUCCAUAAAGGUCAUCUUUAUCGUCGUGGCAGCCUUUGUCUUCUCCUGGCUGCCCUUUAAUACUUUCAAGCUCCUGGCUAUUGUCUCUGGGCUGCAGCAAGACCUCUACUUUCCUUCAACUUUUCUCCAGUGGGGCAUGGAGGUGAGUGGGCCCUUGGCCUUUGCCAACAGCGGCAUCAGCCCUUUCAUUUACUAUAUCUUUGACAGCUACAUCCACCGAGCCAUCGUGCACUGCUUGUGCCCUUGCCUGAAGAAGUAUGACUUUGGGAGCAGCACUGAGACCUCAGACCUCACUAAGGCUCUCUCCAACUUCAUUCAGGCAGAGGAUUUUGCCAGAAGGAGGAAGAGGUCUGUGUCACUCUGAAAGGGACAGUAACAUUUCAAGCUCUGUUGGUGGAUCGGAGGGUUCAUUUGUGUCUGAGACAAGGCAAGAAGAAAAGUAUUGCUAGUGGUAAUACUGCUUCAUGAACACAAGGAAGUGUUCAUUUUUAAAGAGACAUCUAGAAAGUCUCUGUGUUCCUGGAUGUAAUUAGGCCGUAUGCUGUUUUGUUUUGGUUUUUUUCUUAGCUGAGUGGCCUUAUUUGACCCUUGCCAAUCAAGUUCACCAGGCAAAAUACAACUCUUAUGUCUGUGAACUCUAAGAUAAAGGCUCCUGCUUGGGCCAGUUCCUUCCUGCAUGGUUGUUAAUGAACAUUCAAGCCUUUUCCUCUCUCAGGAACCUAGAUCCACACGACCCUUCAUACCGAGCUCCAAAGUGGACAACAUUUAAAGGAUUCUGCCCACUUGUAUCUGGUGAGAAAUGUGGUGACAAUGCAGGUAGUAAAAAAUGUAAUAUACCUGUGCUCAGUAAUUAAUUAUUCCUGAGUAAUGAAGUGAGGUUCUGGCCUUAAUCUUUAAAACUUUAUAUGGUAAUUCUAUACCAUCUUCCAACAUUGUCUUUCACCCUAUACCAUUCACAAUAACUCUGGACUGGCGAAAGCUCACUGGGAUAAAAUCAUUUUGUAUUGUGUGUAUGAUUUGGGACUUUACCAUUUGGUCUUCAAGAGUAUUUUAACAAGAAAGCAUAGGACAAGGUUUGACUUUUAUUUUCCUUAUACGAUAUGUCGGUUAAAAUGUAUCUUAUUAUAAUGAUGUAGUAACUACUUUUCAAUGGGGUUUUACUGUACUCUUUGUUUUCACUGCCUUUACAAGUUAGGAUAUGGCUUUGUUUUAAUUACAUGUUUUUAAUUACCUAGUUAUCUAGUUAUAAAAUAAAAGUGCUACUACUACUGUAAUUAGAGGUCACCAAAUGCUUAGCAACACCCUCGUGCAGAUUAUCAUUUUGUAUUUUAAUUAAAGUGUUAGUGCUACACAUUCCCUGUAGCAUCAUUUGCUUGGUGUAUGUAAUUUCAUGA